AUGGAUAGGAACAAUGCGCCCAUGAUCUCGCCCCCUACGCGUCGACCACCCCCGAGUGCUGUGUGCUCCCUCGGCCCGGUCCCUCCCACGCCUGCAGACUGGGUCGACGAACCUGUUCAGCCGGCCCAGCCAGUCCUUGGCCGCUCUCCAGGCCUCACCAUAGACACUGCUGCUGCUGCUGCUGCUGCUGCUGCUACGUCCAACACCGCAAACGUUCCCGAUCCACUACCAUCGUCGGGGAGCGCCAGUGGGCGUCUUAGUCGAGCGGGAGCUGUGCGGCACGACAAGACCAUCAUUCAACGACGAACUGAAAGUCGCUGCCGGCAUACGCCGGAGGGAUCGAUCGACACUGUGCCCAGACCGCGGCAAGUUGCAGAUAUCGUGGUACUCAAUAGUCCCCAUACCAAUCCGGCCACGACGACGAAAAAGCCGACUCCUCGGAGCGGUGGUGGAACGCUACACGAGGCUCAUCCUGUCAGCGACUCGUUACCGCAAGGGGACUCGCGUAACUCAACACCCCGGGCAUCAGGCUCGACGAACUGUUACCAAGUCGAGACAGCAUCUCCCCCGUUUCCUUCCCAUCUUGCGAAGGUGGGCCAGUCCUCGGCAAAGACUGUUCAGCAUAUGAUGCCUAAGGCAUUACCUACCCCUCCACCUCGGCCUCGAUCAGAAUCAAGCUCGAGGCGGAAUAACUCAUUUCGUCCUCCGCUGCCAGAUACCCCUCCAGUUUUUAGGCGCCUGGCUGUGUCCCAGAGUGCCGAUCAGUUCGAAGCCGCCACUCUCGAGCGAGUUCAGACUUUUACUGCAAUGGAAGCCGCAGCAUCCACCGACGCGGACCGAGUGCGUCUGUUUGCGGAUUUCAUUGUCAAUGAGUCAAGGAUUCGCCGGGAGCGUUAUUCCUCUGCCAUCGGAGAGAUGGGUUCGGAGAUCUUGGACCUGACGCGAGAUCUCUUCCGCCCAGUCGAAGGCUCGAGGCGGGAGUCUGCCACCUCCCAGGAGGAGUGGACACCAGCCUCGACAGAUCCAACCACGUCCCGGAGAGAUUCGGCCGGUUCUGUCAUGCGCACCGAUGAGCUGUCCCAUUCAGCCCCGACGUCGUCAAAAGCCCCGGCAUCGUCAAAAAUUCCCACCUCGCCAAGCGGCGGUCCCUCCAUCACGGCCAACUGGUCGACGAACUACAUGCCCUCACUAUCGCCUAUCCUAAGCAUGAGUGUCAGUGAUAGGCACGAAAACGGCAGCUCUCGUGGACGACCGCCAAGCCGUUGGUGGGAGUUGGAUUCACUAGGAGACGGACCGCGCGUGCUUGGGAGGUCCAAGCGAGAGUCCAAGUACAUGGGCGUCCCCAAAGACCAAUGGGUUGAGGAGGAGCCUAUCCGAGGAGAGGCGAGCGACAAUGGCUCAACAUCUGCCUAUCCUCCGGAAAAGACUGGCUGGCUCGACCAGGGCGAAGCAUCGUCAAAACCGCAGGGCUUCCCACUUUCCGAUGCGCCUUCGUCCUCUUCGGUGCUGGAGCCGUUGGAUGUCUCUCGGCUCAUUACCAUGCCGCCGCCGUACCCGCGCCACCACCCCGCGGAGAAUAAUAAUCACCCCGAACUGACGACGAUUCGAUGUUCGGUGAGAAUGCUUGGCGACUUGACACAGGCAAAUAAGUCAAACGAGAGCUUCGCCAAUGCUAGCGCCGAACGACGGGAGAAAUUCUCCAAAGCAGCAUCGGAGCGACGUCAGCAUCUCAGAGCGAACCUGCAAAAGGAGAUUGGUGCUGGGAACCUGAAUUAUUCGGAUGCAGCAGUGAUUGAAUCCGACUCGGAGCAGCAGGAAAGAGACAGGAAGAAGGAACUGGAGAAGACGGAAUACGAACGUUUCCAGAACGAGGUCGUCAUCCCGCUCAAUGACCUCUUGACGAGGCGAAUCACCCUGGCGACGAGCCUGUUUGACGAUUUAUCGCACCACUUGUUUGACAACGGAGAAAUCGACGCCGAUAUGCCGCAGGAGGAAGGCGAUGAUCGACCGGAGCUGCUUGAGAAGCUCACGUUGCUCAAGUGGAUAUUCGAGACACGCGAAACAUUGCACAGGACCAUUUACGAUAUCCUCUCGGACCGAAACUCCCGCUACUGCGACGUCGUCGUGACACCGUAUCGGCUUUCGAGUAAUGCAGAAAAGCUCAAGUCGGCCGAAGCGUUCUUCGCAGAGGACGCGGCCCGGCGUGAACAGGCGUUUGCGAUGGAGAUUCUGGGUCGCGCAACGCUGUUUCGAUCUGUCAUGGAAGAGGCUGUUGAGCGAGGUGUCGCGAUGCAGCUGUCGGCGUUCUGGGACAUUGCGCCGCCGCUACGAGACUUGUUGGACAGCAUCCCAUCCGAUUUCGACAACUUUGGUGUUCAGAUUCCGCCGUCGGAGUAUGAGGAAAAUCCUUCAUACCAGCAUCACCCUCUGCAGUAUCUCUAUGGUCUCCUUCAGCAUAUGGAGAAGAGCACAUACCGGUUCAUCGAAUCACACACGAAUUUGCUGUGCCUUUUGCACGAAGUCAAGGAAGCCACUGUGAACGCAGAGGCAAGGGUGCUAGCUACAAAGAGAGAGGACUCCGACGGAACAAUCCUCGACGAUGAAUAUUGCGAGGAGAGGGUUCGGAUGAUGCGCCAGAGCGAGACCAAGCGGCUCACUGCGGACCUGAAAGAGAAGGUGCGUGCCGUGCAAGAUCAGUGGAACAGUGCGUUGGCCAACAGGAUAAGAACCUCCAAAGAGCUCACCAGAGCAUGGUUGCUUCAGACUGGAGGGUGGGAUGAAUCGCUCGAAGAAUCUGAAGGAUUUGGAGGAGAAUAG